AUGCACCAGAGCUUGUAUCUUUUAGCCAGGUCUGUGUGGAAGGGCCCAAACAUUGUUCCAUUGCCUGUGAAGGAAGCGUUGUCAAAGGGUGCUCCGAUCAGAACAAAUGCGCGGUCAGCGACGAUUCUGCCGCAGUUCGUGGGUCUAAAGUUCCAGGUUCACAACGGGAAAGAAUACGUUGCUUUUGAAGUGUCCGAAGACAUGGUGGGAAGCAAAUUGGGAGAGUUUGUUCCCACACGAAAGAGGUUCAGCUACACCCAAACCAAGAAUAAAUAG